AUGUACGUCAAGAACUUCGACCCUGCACAGCUCAAGGUCGGCAUCUGGUCCGGCGAUGUCAAGCUACGGAACCUGCAGCUGCGCCGCGAGGCCCUCGACCAGCUCAAGCUGCCCGUUAACGUCAUGGAGGGCCAUGUUGGUGAGCUGACACUUGUUAUUCCCUGGUCCAAUCUGGGCGGUGCUCCCGUCAAGGUCCUCGUCGAGGACGUUUUCCUGCUUGCUAGCCCCAGGGAAGAGGACGCCUACGACGAGGAUGAGGAGGCCAUGCGCAAGCAGCGUCUCAAGAUGGAGAAGCUCGAGAGUGCAGAGCUGCUCAAAGAGAGGAACCAAGAGGGUCUAAGCCAGGAGGAGCAGAAGAAAAACCAGAGCUUCACCGAAAGUUUGGUGACAAAGGUCGUCGACAACCUCCAGGUCACUGUGAGGAACAUCCACGUCCGUUACGAAGACUCCAUCUCCGCCCCCGGACACCCUUUUGCUCUUGGUGUCACCCUCCAGGAGUUCAGUGCAGUCAGCACCGACGGCGAGUGGAAGCCCACCUUUAUCCAGAACUCGGGCGACGUCACCCACAAGCUAGCCACCCUCGGCGCCUUGGCAGUGUACUGGAACACCGAUACCGAGCUUCUCGGCCCCGGCAGGCAGACCGCGUCCUCCAACGAUGCCAUGUCCCACGACGUGGUCGUUGCUGCCCUGAAAAAGAUGAUCAAAGGAGAGAACCAUGGCCACCAACACCAGUUCAUCCUACGACCCGUCAAUGGCCGUGCUAAGAUUGACCUCGACAAGACGGGAGAUAUCCGUGUACCCAGGUUCAAGGGCAACUUGCUCUUUGAGGAGAUUGGCCUCGUCUUUGACGACGACCAGUACCGUGAUGGCCUGAUGAUGGUUGACCUCUUCCACUACUUCAUCCGCCAUCAAGAGUAUAAGAAGAUGCGACCCAAAGGUGCCACGCCAAAGGAGGACCCCAAGGCGUGGUUUCGGUUUGCUGGAAACGCCGUCCUGAACAAGAUCCACGAGAGGAAUCGUCGCUGGACUUGGGCCUACUUUAGGGAACGCCGAGAUGACCGCAGACGCUACAUCGAGCUGUUCAAGAAGACCAAGCAGCAGCAGCAGCUCAACCCCGAAGAGAUUGAUGAUCUGGGGGAUCUCGAACAGAAAUUAGGCUACGAGGACCUGCGCUUCUGGCGCUCCCUUGCCCGCAACCAGCUCAAGAAGGAGAACGCUGAGGCUCUCCUGAAGCACCCCCCGCAGCAGCAGCAGCAGCAGGGCUGGGUCUCGUGGCUGUGGGGCUCCAAGCCCGAGGAGAAGAUCGAGGAGAAUGAGGAGAACAUCCAAAUCACCGAGGAGCAACGAAAGGAGCUUUACGAUGCCAUCGACUGGGAUGAGAAGACAGCUCUCGCCGACGAGGUUGACAUGCCAAGGGAGGCCGUCCAGUUGGCUCUCGAGACAUCCCUGAGUACUGGUAGCUUCACGUUGCGAAAGAACUCCUCCCACAACAAUCCCGUGGAUCUCCUCAGUCUGCACUUUGAUCUUUUCAAGGCCAAGGCUCUGCAGAGAAAGGAUUCCUUCCUGGCGAACGUGAGCCUUGGAGGACUCCGCGUCAAUGAUGGCACCACCCCCGACAGCCUCUACCCGGAAAUUGUGCGCGUCAAGGAUGCCCCCGACUCCAAAAGGCGCAGAAGGCUCUCCCUGAUAGAGUUGGAGAGGACUUCCAAUGAACAGGCAGACCCUUUCUUCCAGUUCGAGAUUGAGAAGAACCCCAUCGAGCGCGAGGGCGAUAUUGCCGUCGUGGGAAAGCUGAAGCCGCUCGAAGUGAUCUGGAACCCUAAUUUCAUUACUGGAGUUGCCGACUUCUUUAGGCCUCCAGAGAGGCAUAUGGAUUCCAUCGCUGCUCUGAUGGAGACUGCCGGCGCUACCGUGGAGGGCCUUCGUGAGCAGACCCGGGCUGGCCUGGAGUUCGCCCUCGAGGAACACAAGACUAUCAAUGCCGAGCUGGAUCUCCAGGCACCGCUCAUCAUCAUCCCUAUGACCAUCACGGCCCGUGAAUCAACCUGCUUGAUUGUUGAUGCGGGUCACAUUCACGUGAAUAGCCAGUUGGUGGACCAGGAUGCCAUCAAGGAGAUCCAGUCAAAGCAGCGGCAGGCCUACAGCGACGAGGACUUCAAGAGGCUCGAGUCUGUCAUGUAUGACAAGUUCCUUGUCAAGCUCACGUCCACCCAGGUUCUCAUCGGCCCUUCAAUCGAGAAUACAAAGACCCAGCUCGUCAAGAAAGACGGGCAGUCGCCCCUGCACAUUGUAGACAAGAUCAACGUUGACUUCGUCGUGGAGACGUCUAUCCUCCCCAAGGCCCCCAGCCUCACGAAGCUCAAGGUCCAUGGACAUCUACCUAUACUGCAUGCUGCCAUGUCAGAUUCCAAGUACAAGAAUCUCAUGCGCAUCAUUGAUGCCGCUAUACCUCGACUGGGUAACGACGAGCCCCAGUCUGGGAGACCCAAGAAGCGCCAUACUUCUCGCCGGCGAUCGUCCAGCGCCCUGUCCAACAAAUCGCGAAGAAAGUCCGCACAUGGCCGAAGUCACUCAGGCGCCUUCCCCUUUAUGCAGCCUUCGACAGCAGUGGUGCUCGACGACAUAGACGACGAGGACAGCGACAAUUUUGAGGAUGCUGCUGAUGGAACAAACGAUGAACAUCUCAAGGUUCAGCAGCGCAGCUUCGAAUUCAAGUUUACAGUCGGAACCCUGAAAGGAUCUCUGUACAAGAGUGAUCCCGACAGGCGUAAACCUGAUGCGCUCCUCGUUGAGCUGGUCGCUGAGAGGUUUGACCUCGAGUUCUACACGCGGUCCUAUGAUAUGGCGGCCGAGGUGUCGCUCGGCUCCGUCACUGUCGAAGACUUUGUGGAUAAGCCUUCGGGAGAAUUCAAGUCGAUCGUUUCGUCGGGUGAUAGCGAGGACCUCCAAGCGGGCCGCAGUCUUGUCCACGUCAAAUUUGUCAAGGUCAACCCCCAGUCUCCAGAGUUCAUGCCUGUCUACGAAGGCGUGGAGACAAAUGUCAAUGUCGCUGUGUCAACAAUCAACCUGGUAGUCACACGCAAGACACUCUUGACGCUGCUCGACUUCAUUCUCGUCACCUUUACAGGCGGCAAUGAUGACAACGAAACCAAGGCGCCUCGAGCCAUUACCGUCUCCGAUGAGGACAGCAAGCAGACGGUUGUUGUGCAGGGUCAGAAUGCCGGGGCUAUUCGCGUCAAGGCCGAAAUGAAGAGUAUUCGACUCAUCUUGAACAAUGAUGGAAUUCGUCUUGCAACGCUGUCUCUCAAUCACGCCGAUACUGGCAUAUUCCUUCGCGGGAAGACUAUGCGAAUAUCAUCCAAGCUCGGCGACCUUUCCCUCGUUGAUGAUGUGAACCAAGGUGUCUCGGCCGAUUCCAACCUGCGCCAGCUGGUGACCAUCCAAGGGAAAGAGCUCGCCGACUUCCGCUACGAGACCUUUGACGCAGAGAACACCAAAGCAUACCCUGGCUAUGACAGCUCCGUCUACCUUCGAGCAGGUUCCGUUCGUGUCAAUUUUGUUGAGGAGCCCUUCCGCAAGAUCAUCGAAUUCCUGGUCAAAUUCGGGAAGAUGCAGGCUCUGUACAAUGCAGGCCGCCAGGCUGCAGCGAAUCAGGCCACACAGAUACAGAACAGCCCCAGCCGAAUGAAGUUUGACCUCGUCGUCCGAACGCCAAUCGUAGUCUUCCCGCGCCUCGUUAUCCCCGGUCAGCCCAAGCAUGAUGUGGUGACGGCCUACCUGGGUGAACUGUACGCACAGAACAAGUUUGCUCCUAUCGACGAUAGUCAGGACUCUCCCAUCGCUACCAAGAUCUCGGCUGGUAUCCGCAACAUUCGUCUCACAUCCGACUUCAACUACCCAGGGGAUGUAUCUGAGGAGCUAGAAAUGAUCGAGAACGUUGAUCUCGGCUUCAACAUCACUCAUGCUGAACAUACGCCGGGCUCCGAGCGACCGGAAAUGGAGAUCGAGGGAUCCAUGUCCGACUUCAACCUUCGGCUGACCCAGUACCAGCUCAAGUCGCUCAUGGCCAUCUCGAAAUCCGUACCAGCUGCGUUCGCAGGUGACGGUAGUAGUGGCGAUGAAGAGGUCGCACGAUCCGUGGACCAAGACACCCUCAGGCGUGCCAGGACUCUGGAGGUGGCACCGGACUCGCAGAAUUCUGUUGACCUGUCGCCAGAGCUUGGGUCCAUCGGUAAGGCGUGGACCAAGCUCGACCUUGCCUUCCAUGUCAAGAUAAUUGGUCUGGAGCUCCUCAUGGCUCGCGAGGACGAGCCUAUUGGCGAUGUUUCUUCAUCGAGCCUCUCUCGAUUCUCGCUAGACGGCACCAAGGUCAAGACUCGCAUGCUGUCUGACAACUCUCUGGAGGCAGAGCUUCUAAUCGAUUCGUUCACCAUCAAUGACAGCCGACCACGAGAUUCUAACCGAUUCCGCCGCAUCAUGACAUCGGCCAAUAAUGAUGUCCAGCAGCUGAUGGCUUCGGUGACCAUGGCGGGAGGCAAGGAGCGCAGCGUCAUUGCCAUGGCCACCAUUGACAGCCCACGUGUCAUAUUUGCACUCGACUACCUCUUUGCCAUUCAGAAGUUUGUGUCGGAAGGUCUUGCAGCAGACGAGCCCCUCGCUGUCGACGAUGAGAGCAUGGCAGAGACACCAGAUGAGUCCGAGACCGAUUCCCUGAAGGUCGCCUCUAACGCCCCGGCAUCUCAGCACACCGGGUCUGCUCUAUCCAGGAGGCAGAGCUCGGACAGAAGCCGUGCGGGUGCGCCCGAAGAGAAGAAGUCAACAAUGAGGGUUGCCUUCAGGAUCAACUUGGUCGACGCGCAGGUCAUACUUAUUGCCAACCCGCUGACCUCGAACUCCGAGGCUAUUGUGCUGAGUAUUCGCCAAGUCCUGCUCUCGCAGCAGCAUGCUCUCACAUUCCAGGUGUCGCAGAUCGGCAUGUUCCUGUGCCGUAUGGACAAGUUCGAGGCGUCGCGCCUGAGGAUAAUCGACGAUUUCUCCAUCCAGAUGAGCAUGGACAGCUCCAAGCCUCUGGCCACCAACAUCCACAUUGAGAUUGAACCUCUCAUCCUGCGCCUCUCCUUACGUGAUAUUCUUCUCGCCCUCCAAAUCAUCACCAAGGCUGGCGAGCUCUCUAGAGCUGAGGCCGACACGGACGAUCCCCAGGAGACAGCCGCAGAGCACAAGGCCAGGGAUCUACGGAACACCAGCACGAAGCAGAAGUCGGCCAGUGGCCGUGGCCAGUCCACCAUAGCAAAGACGCAAGGGUCCCAGGCUGUUGCUUCCAGGGAUGACCCGCAGCAGAGCCGGCAGAACCAAACCAGUUCCGUUACCGUCAAGAGGCAUGAAGAGCUUUCGGCGACCGUGGAAGGUGUUCGAAUCGUUCUGAUUGGCGACCUCCACGAACUGCCCAUACUAGACAUUAGUGUCAAGGGCUUCACUGCUUCAGCAGUCAACUGGUCAUCCAACCUCAAGGCCGAAGCUGCUAUUGACCUGUAUACGAACAUCUACAACUUUUCCAAAUCCAGUUGGGAACCCCUCCUGGAGCCUUGGCAGGUUGGCUUGGGCGUCGCCAAGGACCCGACAUCGGGCCUCUUGUCGGUCGACGUGGCAUCGAAGAAGGCGCUGGACAUCACCGUCACCACUGCAUCCAUUGCUCUGGCUUCCAAGUCGUUUGACUUCUUGACGACGGAGCAGGAUGUCCUGAGCAAGCCACGUGGACACGAAGCCCCUUACCGGAUCCGAAACUACACGGGGUUCGACGUUGUCGUCAACUCCAAGAGUCCUACAAGCGAGGAGCCCAUAACGGCACGACUGGGAGAUGGCCAGGAGGCCCCUUGGACCUUUGAGCACUGGGAGAAGAUGCGAGAGAACCUCCUUACCGAGUCCAACCAGAAUGAUGUCAGCAUUACCCUCGAGGGCAGUGGGUUCGACCCCGUCAAGAACGUGCGCCUUAACCGCGAGGGCGAAUUCCUCUACUCCCUACGGCCCAAGGCGGACGAGAUUCUCCACCGGAUCUGUGUGGACGUGAGCCUGGGAUCGGACAAUGUCAAAUACGUUACGCUGCGUUCCCCUCUUCUCAUCGAGAACUCAACUGAGAUCCCCGUGGAAAUUGGCGUUUACGACGAACGCGAGGGUCAUCUACUGAAGAUUGAGAAGAUCGCUCCAGGAGAGGCACGACCCGCGCCCGUGGGAGCUUCCUUUGAGAAACGGGUCCUUGUGCGGCCCGACUCGGGCUUCGGUUACCAAUGGUGCGGGGAGCAGCUUUGGUGGCGAGACCUGUUGAAGCGACCGACUAAGCAGGUUGUGUGCAAGGGGGACAGCGGAGAGCCAUUCUAUUUCCAGGUCCAUGCCCGGUUCAACAAGGCCAGCCCCUUGACCAAGUCGUAUCCUUACAUGAGAAUCAAGCUGUCUGCCCCCGUCACUCUUGAGAACUUGCUGCCAUACGACUUUAAGUACCGAAUAUACGACAAGAACACUAAGAGGGAUUGGUCCAACUUCCUCCGAAAGGGUGGCGUCAGUCCGGUACACGUCGUCGAGCUGUCUCACCUUUUGCUUCUGAGUAUCGACAUGCAGGACACAGCCUUCAAGCCGAGUGAAUUCUCCAUCAUCAAUUCUGGAAGCAGCGAGGACUUCCGACGUGAGGGCAAGAUGCUGGUCAAGGAUGAGCAGGGACUUCCGCUGCAGCUCAAACUACAAUACUUCAAGAUCCCCAACAGCGGCGGGGCCUUCAAGGUCUCGGUCUACAGUCCCUACGUCGUCUUGAACAAGACGGGGCUGGACCUGACGGUCCGGGCAAAGACUUUCCUCCAGCAGGCCCGUUCAGCGGCCGGCCAGAACGCUCUGAUCGACAUAUCCGACGAGGACCGUCCCAAGGCCCUGCCGCUCAUGUUCUCCUACGGGAGCGACGACAAUAGGAAUCGUGCCCUGCUCAAGGUGGGCGACUCGGAAUGGAGCAAGCCCCAGAGUUUCGACGCCAUCGGGAGCACGUCAGAAGUCGUCCUGAACUCGGCGUCCCAAAACAAGGAGAUCCACCUGGGUAUCACGGUCAAGUCGGGAGACGGAAAGUACAAGCUGACUAAGGUCAUUACCCUGGCUCCGCGAUUCAUCCUGGAGAACAAACUCGGCGAGGAGCUUCUCGUGCGCGAGCCUAGCUCGCCGGGCUACAUGACACUCAAGCCGGGAACACUUCAACCCCUGCACUUUAUGCAGAAGUCGGCAGUGAAGCAGCUAUGCCUCUGCUAUCCCGGUGUGAAUAAUCAAUGGUCGUCCCCCUUCAACAUUGCCGACAUCGGCACCGCGCACGUCAAGCUCGCGAAGACUGGUCAGCGCCAACGUCUGGUUCAAACCGAGAUCCUUCUCGAGGACUCGACCGUAUUUCUCAACUUUAGCCUGGAGACGAAGCAUUGGCCUUUCUCGAUGCGCAAUGAGAGCGACACCGAGUUCACCUUUUACCAGGCCAACCCUAACAUCGACGAGGACGGUGUCGAGGACCGCAGUGGAUGGCGGCCGGUCAGAUACCGCCUGCCUCCGCGAAGCAUCAUGCCAUAUGCCUGGGACUUCCCGGCAGCCAAGCUCCGUGAGAUUGUCAUCAGGGCAAACGACAAGGACCGUCAUGUCAAACUGGCCGAGAUUGGCAACCAGGUGCCGUUAAAGCUCCCGACCCCCGACGGGCGCGAGAAGAUUAUCGACAUCAACGUGGCAGCGGAUGGGCCGACGCAGACGCUCAUCCUCAGUAACUUCAAGGCCAGCAAGAGUGCGUACAAGCCCAAGAAGGCACUGGAGAGGACCAAGACUGGCCUCGAGGCGUUUGAGGUCAAGGACCAGGCCACGGGUGCGUCAUUCCUGGCACAACUCAAGCUGUCGGGCAUCGGCAUAUCGCUCGUCAAUGCACAGCUCAAGGAGCUGGCCUACGUUACGUUCAAGGAUGUGCAGCUGCGGUAUUCCGACUCCCCACUGAUCCAGACGGUGUCACUCGCCAUCAAGUGGAUCCAGAUUGACAACCAGCUGUACGGCGGUAUCUUCCCGAUGAUUGUAUACCCCAGUGUGGUGCCCAAGAAGGCGCAGGAAGUGGAUGCGCACCCGUCGCUGCACGCCAUGGUCAGCCGGGUCAAGGACGACUCGUACGGUGUACUGUACAUCAAGUACGCGAGCAUCCUUCUGCAGCAGAUGACUGUCGACCUAGACGAGGACUUUGUGUUUGCGCUGCUCGACUUCUCCAACGUCCCGGGAGCCAGCUGGACGGUGGUGGAGGAGGAGGGCAUGCUGUGCGACGACAGCCUCGACAUUCCCCAGCCGACGCAGCAGCAGGCGGGUCGGGAUAUUUAUUUUGAGGUGCUCAACAUCCAGCCUAUGCAGGUGGACCUGAGCUUCAUGCGGACGGAGAGGGUGAAUGCCGAGGACAAGACGUCGACGCGCAACCCCAUCAUGUUCUUCCUCAACGUCAUGACGAUGGCGAUUGGCAACGUCAACGACGCGCCGGUGCGGUUCAACGCGCUGAUACUGGACAAUGUGCGCGUCUCGACGAGGGUGCUGAUGCAGAACGUGAUGAACCACUACAGCCAGGAGGUCAUGUACCAGAUCCACAAGAUUCUGGGGUCGGCCGACUUCCUGGGCAACCCGGUAGGCUUGUUCAACAACAUCUCGUCGGGAGUGACAGACAUCUUCUACGAACCGUACCAGGGUCUCAUCCUGUCGGACAAGCCCGAGGAAUUCGGGCUGGGCAUCGCCAAGGGCGCGGCGUCGUUUGCCAAGAAGACAGUGUUUGGCUUCAGCGACAGCUUCUCCAAGUUUACGGGCAGCCUGAGCAAGGGCCUGGCGGCGGCCUCGCUAGACAAGCAGUUCCAGGAUCGCCGACGCAUCACGCGGGCGCGCAACAAGCCCAAGCACGCGCUCUACGGUGUGACCACGGGCGCCAACAGCCUGUUCACGGGCGUUGCGUCUGGCGUGGGCGGCCUGGCACGCAAGCCGCUCGAGGGCGCGGAGCAAGGGGGAGCCGUCGGGUUCUUCAAGGGCGUGGGAAAGGGCGUCCUGGGCCUGGCGACGAAGCCGGCGGUCGGCAUGCUGGACCUGGCGAGCAACGUGAGCGAGGGUAUCCGCAACACGACGACGGUGUUUGACGGGCAGGAGCUGGACCGGAUCCGGUUCCCGCGGCACAUACCCAACGACGGCAUCGUGCGGCCCUACAAUGGGCGCGAGGCGCUGGGCCAGUACUGGCUGAAGCAGGUGGACAAUGGCAAGUACUUUGACGAGGAGUAUAUCGGACACCUGGAGCUGCCGCGGGAGGACAUGGUGGUCAUGGUGACGUAUGCGCGGGUACUGCUCAUCCGGUCGAGGAGGCUCACGAGCGAGUGGGAUGUGCCUCUCAAGGACGUGCAGACCAUAUCCAAGGAGAGGACGGGAGUUAGUCUCACCCUGCGCGGCGGAGCCAAUGGACCGUUCAUCCCGGUCGGAGGAGGUAGUGAGAGGGGAUUUCUGUACAAGAUGCUCGGGGUUGCGGUGGAGGAGUUUAACAGGAGGUUUAGGGGGGCAGAAUGA